AUGCAGCGGGUGGGCAGGCACGGCCGGCAGCCCCCCGAGGGCGGCCCCAUGGAGAACGGCGUGGGGCAGGAGCCGGGGACCCCCGAGUCCGCACCCACGCAGCUGGCCCACGGCAGCCCCACGGGCCGCAUCGAGGGCUUCACCAACGUCAAGGAGCUCUACGCCAAAAUCGCCGAGGUCUUCGACAUCUCGCCUACCGAGAUCCUCUUCUGCACGCUCAACACGCACAAAGUGGACAUGCAGAAGCUGCUGGGGGGGCAGAUUGGCCUGGAGGAUUUCAUCUUCGCCCAUGUCCGGGGUGAGACCAAGGAGGUGGAGGUGACCAAGACAGAGGACGCGCUCGGCCUCACCAUCACAGACAACGGGGCUGGCUACGCCUUCAUCAAGAGGAUCAAGGAGGGGAGCAUCAUCAACCGGCUGCAGACAGUGAGUGUGGGGGACAGCAUCGAGGCCAUCAACGACCACACCAUCGUGGGCUGCCGGCACUACGAGGUGGCGCGGAUGCUGCGGGAGCUGCCGCGGGCGCAGCCCUUCACCCUCCGCCUGGUCCAGCCCAAAAAGGCCUUUGACAUGAUCGGGCAGCGGACACGGACAGGCAAAUCCCCAGGCGAAGGCAGAGUGGCCAGUGGGAAGGAAACGCUGCGGCUGCGGACACAGGGUCCAGCUGUGCUGGAGGAGGGGGUAAGGCCCACCCCGACCCCUCACACGGCCCUGACCUCCCUCUUCUCCCCAACAGCCUCGACGAUGGUGGAGGCGGCCAAGGGCAGCCCCAGCGUGGCCCAGCUUGCCCAAGGGCUGGACUCGGUGCUGGGCGAGUUUGCCUUCCCCCAGGAGUUCGUGGCCGAGGUGUGGGCAGCCGUCUGCCACCCCAAGGGGGAAAAGGAGUAG